GAUUGUCAAAAUUUCCAAGAAUGUAGGCACAUAAACAAAAUCAUAAUCUUCACACCAUAACAGUUAAUCAUACUAUUAUACAAAUCCGCAAUGCAGCUCUUACAUGAACACAAUAUUCUGCCGGUGAUCCUGAAAGACUUGACUAUGAAUACCAGCCCAAUUAAAGAUGCAUUGUCAGACAAUUUCGACGUGAAGGAGAAGAGAUCCUCUAGUGUAUCACUACGGCUGAUGAAUCCUGUAGCCAGCGGAGACAACGUCACGAACCCUAAUUCCACACAUAAACUGAAGGAAGAAUCACCACAGCUUAUACCUUGCUGUGAAGGAAGAGAAUUGCAGAUCAACGAAGACCUAGUUCGCAGUGGAUUAUCUGCUAUCUCCGUGAAACAUGACGGUGAGAUACACUCUCUGAGCAUGUCACGGGCCUGUGAGCGUAUGCAAGUUCCUCCUGGAUUUGUUAAGCACCGCAAUUCCUUCCGAAGCCUGCACCGACCAGACCUGAAACAGGUUCCAUAUCUCCGCCGCAUGACCCCCAAUGAGCUGGAAACACUGUUCCGGGGCUACGCUGAUUUGCCACAUGCUAAAAACGACAGCAAGCAUGAUCUCGGAAGGGUGAUGCAGUCACCAGACGAAAAGAACAGAUCUGAAGACAUAGAACAUAAAGAAGCUAUUAAUUUAGAUGACGGUAGUGUUGUCAAACCGCUGCACCCGAUACCCGAGACGCGUGCUGGAACUGAAGACGUGCCAGCUGCCAUGCGGUUGCAUGGAGCCCGAGCAAGGCUAUAUACGUCUGUGUUAGCAGGCGCCCGAGCUGGAGACCAACUAGAUGGCGUUUCCACAAACGAAGAAUAUGACACCCAUGUCCCAUUAGACACGGUACCAGACGAUGAUGUCCAGCUAACUGAAGAGCUACAAAUAAUUCUGCCACCUCGAUGCGAUGACGUUACAACCGAUUCAUCGAUCACAGCAACCUCCAAUGAUAACACCUGCUAAAAUUUAUCUUAUGGUCUUGACUUAAGAUACAAAAUUCCUAGAUACAAAGUUAAAUGCGAUUCAGUAUUAAUUAUCAUAGAGAUAUUGGCCUAAAAGCACGUAGGAAAAUGAUGAGGCUAAUGCUAAAGUCGAAGAGGAACUUUGGUCGAAUAUUAAUGUAUCUUGAUUGGAUGAUUACUGAUAUUAUGAAAGGGUUUUAAUUACCUACAACAUACAAACAACUCAAGAGUUGCAUCCAAGGAUAAAUAUAAAAGUAAGAAAUAGUAAUAAAAUAAGUCUUCUCAAUAUCUCUUUACUACAGCGAAAAAAUAAUACUCUCAAUAAAUAAAACAAUACAUUAUAAGUGUGAUUUAUAUUGAAUAACCUUUCUACAAUAUUAUACAGCUCUUUCCACACUCCCAUACAAAACAUAGACAUUGGGUAAAAUCAAUUUAGAAAUCAUAAAUUACAUACAUACUUUUUCAUUUUUUACAUCUCAGUGCAUAAUCUAUAAAUUUAAUUGCACUUUAUUUAAUAAUCUAAUAGAAAAGGUUCGAUUGUAAAUGUAUAGGUGUGUAGUAAAUUUCAUUGCUUUGUCGAGUUAAAGCUUACUCUGAAUUUCGUAUUCACAGGGUAUAUCCGCUUUGCAAAUUUUCUCUGCGACGAUUUUUUAUGUACUUUAUCUUGUUACAAUAUUUUAGUAUGUAUAUAAUAUACAGUUGCCAUAUAUUACAGAAACCAUGAUAAUAAAAAUAUUCACUCUCGGUUCGGCUCGGUUCUCACAAUCUCUUAUUUAUAAAAACGAAAACCAACAUACUCAUGUUUUAUCAUAUACCGUCUUUCAUAUUAGAAAUAUAGCAAAUUGAAAAACGCAAAUAAAUUCAACAUUUAACAGGUUUAUUUCUAUGAAUAAGCGGCAAUGUAUAUAUAUAUAUAUUGUAUUUUCACCGCGCCAUUUGUUUUCGCAUAUGUAACAUUACACAUAAUUUAGGCGCGAUCUGUGCACACAUGUAUAUACAAUAUAAAUACUGUAAUAUACUGUUAAAUAUAUUUGCGGAAAAACCGUACGUAGAAAAUUUGCGAUACAAUGUUCCUAUAGCCUAUAGUCGACUAGCAACUACUUGCCGAUUAGAAAUUUACAAUUAAUUAGAAUACCGAGUGACAAUAGCAACCACCUGAUGGCAAGUGAUAACCUAUCGAUAUUUUUUUAUAUUCUCAAAAUGGGCGAAAUAUUUUUGAACUACCUGUUUCUUAGACGAAUAUAUUUAGCGAGGUUACGAGGAACUGGUCGACAAUACUUGCUUUUACAGAUUAUUGUCGCACGACACGAUGUGUAAAUUUACCGUCACAAUACGACACAUUUAUGUUGUCGAUAAAAAAUAUCCAUACUGUGCGACUCGUGCACGAUAUUUAGUUCCUAUUGUAAAUAUAUAUGACAAAAUCUAAAUUUGCCGGCCAAUAUAUCUAUCAAUGCCGCCCAAUGCACAAAACAGGCAAUAAUCUCAAUUUUACAAGCAUACCUAAUAAUGAAAUAAUGCCGAACGCAUAGGGCAAAAUUAAGCUAUCUAGACCAACUAUUUCAUAAAUUAAAAAAGCCACUUUACGUAUUAUUCGGUGGACAAACACACCUCAACUAUAAUUCUGUAUAGGAAACAAAUGUGAUUCUCAUAAAGCAGCUAUUUUAAUCUACCUAGUCCAAACAAAACAAUAAUUUAGACUAUAUUUCAACGAUACAUUUAAGAUAUCUUACACGAAAAUAUAGAGUAUUCCCUAUACAUCUGUCUUCUAAAUCAAUAUAUUAUAGGCAAUAUAAACCAUAACACUGCUUUGUAUAACAUUCACAUAUAAAUAUAAUCUCGCUCGCUUAUUCAUUUGAUAAGCGUUUAUAAAUUUGAUAUUUCGUCUUAAUGUGUUCUUUUAUAAAGGAACUGACGCCUCGACGCGUCUAUACAAACAUGAAAUAGCUACAGGAUUUUAUUAGAUAAUAAAAUACAGGCCAUGUUAUUUAACUGAUAAACUAGCUUUCUAUAAUUUUUAAUUAAUCCCUCAAUAGGUAUUUCUGUACAUUUCUGUUAAAAACAAUGA